AUGGCACAGCCUCGCGACGUGCCCUUCCUCAUGCAGCUGCUCGUCGCAUGGGUCACGUUCUACUACAGCAUCUUCAUGGACGCCGUCUCCAGAUCUGUCGGCGGCUUGCUGGAGGCGAACGUGUUCACCGAGGAAGUGUCCUCGGCUUCUAGCUCGCGUGGCUCCAACCUCACCGCCGAGCGGAAAAGGAGGUCAGGGCUUCGCCGGCGCAGGUACCAGCUGCUGCUAGAGGACCUGGAAGGCAUGGGGGAGGAAGAAUUCAGGGAUUUGUUUCGCAUCAACCACGCAAUUCUUGACUACAUUGUCAACGGGAUGGCGCACUACAUGCAGCCCUACGUUGACAGAUACUUGAUCACGCACGAGGUGGCAUGCCUUGUGGCUAUCAAAUACCUGGCCAGCGGCAUGUCGUUUCGAGACCUGUCGGCAGUCUUCGGCCUGUCCAAGACGCUGUGCCACACGCUGGUAGAUGCGCUUCUCAUGCACUUCCCGACGGACUUCAAGCAGCAGUGGGUCCACUUCCCGAGCCGUGACGACCUCGAUGAGAUGGCGGAGGAGUUUCGCGCCAUCAAGGGAGUCCCUGCGGUGGUGGGGGCUUUAGACGGCACACACAUACCCAUGAAGGGGAUGGAGGGGCACAGGCAAGAGUACUACACGCGCAAGUCAUGCUACGCCGUGCAGCUGCAGAUCACAUGCGAUGCUCGCGGCAUCAUUUGGGACUACUUGGCCUAA